AACAUACAAAUGAUCUCUCUUGCAAAUUCGUUUAAUGUAAUAGUUUUAAAGCCAUUCACUAAGCAAUAUUUUUUUCGACUCUGUAAACUUUGCAUUCUAUUAAUUUAACGUUGUGUUGUUUGAUAAAGUUGGCGCUAUUUUGUUGAAUGAUUAGUUGACCAUUAGCUAACUUUCUAGAUAACGUUAGCUGCUAGCUAGAUUAGCUAACAACAAGUUAAAAAACCCCAAUAACGUUAGUUAUUUCGUGAUCAUCAAAUAAUGCAGUGCUCUAAAAACGAAUUAACGAAACAUAUAGUUUUGUUACAGAAUGGAAGACUAUGAACAGUUCAUACAACGCCGACUUUACGAACUGAAAAGGAAGGAUAGCAACGACAACAAGAACCAACGCCGGACACUGGAAUCACCAUGUACUCGCCACGGAUCAUCAGCUAUCCGUUUCCAUGGCAUACCCAUCCUUCCUCCAUUGCUCACAGGAGUUCAAAGAGAAGAGAUGCAGAGACACAGAGAGGCAGCCAAGAGGACGACGGAUAGGAGGAAGACUCAGCCCUCUGAGACGAGGAUGUCCUACGUUCAGAACAUUCUACACAGUGUUCAGCUGAGGCGAGCACCAACACUGGAGGAGUUCUUUCAGGGUGAACCAGGACUAACGGCAGCCAAAACCACCAACCUACACCACAGCAAUGUCUGCCAGGUUCUAGCGUCGCAGAAUGAUGAUGUCACCGAGACCAAGAACAGCUUGCCGGGGUCGUACUCCCCACCAACCUUAACCGUCAUGCAUGAUGGGAAAGCAGGCAUCCUCGUGCGAGGUCCUCCCAUGACGUCGACAGCCUACGGCGCCUUCACAACGAAUCACCUUACAACUCUCCAUAACACCACCACUGUGAGGGAGACCUUCCUAGAUAAGCUGGUCUGUGACCCAAUGACACCUUCUCUAGCUAGAGAGACAACCACACACACCAACCAGGUUGCUCCACAAACAGAGACCCGGACCAGGGAGAGAAUCUUGUAUGACCAGGAUAAGACCACCAAUGCUGGGUGUGUUCUGGAGGAGGACCUGGGUUCAGGAGAAGCAGCGGUGGAUCCUCUAGCUGACAUCAGCCACCAGUCUUCAGAGACCCGGACCAGGGAGAGACUCUUGUAUGACCAGGAUAAGACCACCAAUGCUGGGUGUGUUCUGGAGGAGGACCUGGGUUCAGGAGAAGCAGCGGUGGAUCCUCUAGCUGACAUCAGCCACCAGUCUUCGGGGUACGUGACGUAUGAAAACGCGGAGGCCACCUGUGUGUUGAGUCGGACCGAGGCUGGGGAGAGCAUUAUGUCAGGGCCUGAGGAGGGGACACCAGUUGGAACGGGGGGGGUUCUCCUACACAACACCUCCGAUACAAACACAACCAAGGCAUGUAAUAUCAUCAGCCAUCCUCCCAUUGAUGCUGAAGAUCUGGAGGAGGGGUCGUCCCCGUGUGACGAUGACCUCAUAACCGGUGGCCCUGCAGAUGAGGCGAGCGUGACGUCGUCCUGGUGUAAUGACGUCAUACCAGACUAUUUAGAGGAAGCGUUGGGGACGUCGCCGCUACAGAGCAACGAUAUCACACCUCCUGUAGAAGACCGCAUAGCAAGUCAUCCAGGAAAGAAGUGUGGCACUGCUAAUAUUGUCACUUUCCCCCAGCAUCAAGCCUCAUCACUAUCAGACCGUCCUGAACCCAAGAUUGUAGUGACAUGUCCUCAGGCUGAGGCCUCAACACCGGACCUCUGCAAACCAGAUCAGGCUUCAGACUUAGACCUGGAACGACCGGAGGGACCAUACCGGCUUAGCCUCCAGACUCUUCUAAAGAAAUCCCAGGCAGUUUUGGAACGCCCCAAACCAGGCAGGAACCAGCCAGAAUCAGAACCAAAGAGCCAGACUGGAGAUGUAGACUUGGACCCGGAAUCGGAACCAGUGGCAGGGCCGUACCGCCUCAGCCUUCAGACCCUGCUGAAAAAGUCCCAGGAGCACCGGAGACGCCAGCGUCAGCUGAAGAACCAGGCCAAGACCUCUACUUGUCCUACCAGGACCCAGGAGGCCUCGACACACCAGAAGAUGGAGGAGGAGAUCAGUUUCUCAGACAAGGAGAAUGAGGAGUUCCUCCAGUCAGGGAGAGUGGUGGCGGAGGGAAGGAAAACCCGGGACAGGGAUUGGAGAAAGGAUCAUCUGGGAAUGGGAGUCCAGUUUUCCAGACCGCCACCACUAGAGAUAUUCCCUAAGGAAGCGUGGGUUCAACGUGAGGAGGAGAAGGCGAGCUCUAGGAUUGUGGAAAGAAUGGGACUCAACGAAAAAGGAUGUCAUGAAAGAAUAUUGAAGGAAUUGGAGGCUGGAAAUGGCCCUUCACAUUUGGUUGGUCGAGAAGGAAACACCCAAUCCCAAUCUCCUCCAGGAGUGGACAUUGAUGCUGGCUCGGCAGCCGAAGACAUCCAGCUACACCUCUCACCAGACAUCCAGCUACACCUCUCACCAGACAUCCAGCUACACCUCUCACCAGACAUACAGCUACCCCUCUCACCAGACAUCCAGCUACACCUCUCACCAGACGUCACAGCAGCACCGUCAAAGCUAAUGGAGAACCUUCUACAUCCUAUCUCAGCCUCCAUAACCCAGAAAUCAUUCUACCUAGUCAGGGAGAAGAGCUCUACCCUGCCGAGGCCUUCCUCUCUGGGGGGUAGUAGGUUCCAGACCGUCCCUACCCCCCAGUUUAGUAUGAGCCCUAUCCGCUGUAAGAGUAAAGGAAACAGUGGGGGAGGAGGGCGUGGCACCCCCAAGAGGCAGAUCCUGGUAAACACACCUUUGAAUGUAGACAACGAGGUGGGGUCGGUGACUGGGCAGGAAAAGAAUGAUGCUCGGGACCAAAGGCAUCUGCACAGAGCGCCCCUAGUGGCUGGGGGUGGUACAACACCUAUGCGUAGGAGCUCAGACCAGGCAGAACAGAUAGCUCAGCUGGAGCUCAACCUGUCCAGCCUCAAAAUACUGAUCUCAGACCUGGAGUCCACGCUCACAGAGACACCAGAGAGCCACCAGACACACAACAACAGCCAGACGGAUAAUAUAGACCAACAACACAAAUACAUGGACGACCACACACCUGACAGCCAGGCCUUACAGAGAACAGGGAACCAGACACACAACAACAGUCAGACUGAUAAUAUAGACCAACAACACAAAUACAUGGACGACCACACACCUGACAGCCAGGCCUUACAGAGAACAGGGAACCAGACACACAACAACAGCCAGACUGAUAAUAGUAGUAACCUUACCAUGGACCCGCCACAUAAAUACAUGGACUACCAUACACCUGAGAGUCAGGCAGAGAGUAACCUUACUGACAGUGAGAAAGGAAGAGGGGAUGGAGGUCAGAGGUCAGCUGAUAAGAUGGCGGUGGUCCCCUGUAGAGUCCAGUGGUGUGACAGCGUACCUCCAUUGGUCAAGGAGGUGGAGAUCACUGUUACAACGGGUUACAAAAGACAAGAUGGUCGCCAGCAGCAGCCUCUUGCAGCGGGCCUCGUCACCUCCCUCACUCAGAAGAGGAGAGUUCCUGACGUGUUCCGGAAGGUUCCAUAUGAUGUCAUCAAGGUUCCGUCGGAAGUCAUCAAGGUUCGGAAUGACGUCGUCAAGAUUCCAGCAUCACACAAAACACCUUUCUCCGUCCUCUCAGACGCCAGUGACAACCAGCACCAGCCAAUGGAGUGGAAGAGUUAUCUGGAGGACCCUGCCCACUUCCAAUCCAUCAACCAAUCGUAUGACGUGGACACGCCCUCAGGGCUCUGGCUCCAGGGAGGGUCAGGGUCAGAGGGGUCGUUGAAAGGUCAUGACCCCGCGGGGAAGCAGCUGACCCCUGAGAACGGAGGUGGUGGUCAGGGAGGGGCGUCAAGGGCCAAACGUAGACUGGUCAUGCACACGACAGAGGGGAACAGGGGACGAGGACGAAGAGAGGUGAUGGACAGGCCUCACUCCAGUACUCCUAAAGCUGCGGUGCGGUCACACAGUCAGGAGAACCAGCAGGUGGGAUCCUGUUCCAGUCAGAACCAGCAGGUGGGAUCCUGUUCCAGUCAGGAGAACCAGCAGCUCCAGCUGAAGCAGACCCAUGCAGCCCAGGUCAGAGCCCUGAAGGAGGAGCAGAGGAGACAGCAGCAACAACUACUGCAGAUGCUGGCUGUACGUUACCAGCUACUCCAGAGUUUGUCCUUCCCUGUGUCCUGCCCCACAUCCAGCGCACGUCUAGGGGACAACACGACCUCCCUCCUCCCCCUCUCUUCCAUCCCCCUGUCCAUCCCUCUGUUCUCCCCUUUACCAGGAUCCCUCCUUUCAGACCCAGACUCCCCCCCACCAAGAUCCCUCCUUUCAGACCCAGACUCCCCCUCACGGUCUCCCAGGUGUCUGUCUGUGUGUUUUGGCCCCCUGGUGGCAGCAGCAGUGAAGGGAUACCUAACCAGGAGGCUCCUACGCACAGAGAGAGUGGGACAGCUGCUAUGUACCAUCAAGGACACGCAGCAGUUCCUGCAGUCCUUCCAGCCCCAGAGCCCUGGGAGAGACAGCAGGCAAGACCUGGUGCUGCAGGAGAGAGUCACACUGCAGCUCCGAUCGGCACGUUAUGAGUUCCAGGACGUCUUCUGUCUGUCAGCAGGAGACAGGAUGCAGAUCAUCAGCUGGGACAGACAGCUGGCCAGGGACAGGGAGAUGAGACGCCAGACUGGGGAAACGGGGUCGACCAGGGGGAAGAGUUCUCUGUCAGCUGCUACACAGAAGGCCUUGGAGAGGAAGAGAGGAGUCAUGAUGAGGAAAGCGGCAGAGGGGCAGAGGGGGACUGGAGCUGUGGUUGUUGCCUGCCAGAAGGGCCCUCUGGCUGGGGUAGAGGGGAACGUCGUGAAGCAGACACGUGGGUCUUUUCGACCCAACCCUCAAAGGGUCCCCAAGACCACCCAGUCCCGCAGAUCUCGGUGAAGAUGGUCUACUUAUCGGGCUAGACUGGACUGGAACUGGGUCGUGUUCAUUUUGGCACAGUGUAGCAAAACGUUUUGCACAGGAGAACGAAAACGAGCGUUUCUUAUUGGACAAGUUCAGGGUCAUAUUCAUUAGUGGAAAUGUUUUGGAAAAUGAAAACAAGCGUUUCUUAUUGGACAAAUUCAGGGUCAUAUUCAUUAGUGAAAAUGUUUUGGAAAAUGAAAGUGUUUAUUUUUCUUAUUGGACAAGUUCAGGUAGUCCCUCCCUUGACCCAGGUAAUGAAUACUGUUGAUACCUAAAUAUACACACACACACAAUCCAUCUCACUUAACCCUAAAACAAUACGGCCCUAUGGGCCCUGGUCAAAGUAGUGCAAUACAGGGAAUAGGCUGCCAUUUGGGAUGCAUGCAUAGUGUUUCUUGCUAGCCAUCUGGAAAGUAUUGUAUUUCUUACCACAAGACCUCAGGACUUGUUUUUGGACACACUGUUCGUAAUAUGUUAGUUUUACACGUUUUACACUAUUUAUAUUUCCUAUACCUGUUUGUGGUACGGUAUUGGGAUGGCAAAGCAACCAAAGCCCAGAAAACCCAAGUCUAGUUUUGAAGGUCUGUUCUGAGUGUUCUUUCCUACUGUUUUUGUUCUAAAUUAUUUAGAAGUGUUUUUUAAUAAAUGUUUUUAUAAAAAA